AUGGACGAACGACCAAAUAAGAAGAGACGCUUCUUCGUCGACAAAAACUCAACUCAAGAUGCUUCAUUCGCCUCCGAUCCCUCUGGCCCAGACGAAAACAAUGCACUUCCUGAGAACGACCAAGACACCGCCACUACUACACAACUAGGACAAGGAUCAACAACCUCGAGUGUCAACCGCUUCGAUCCAUCUCUUUUCCAGGCCUUUGUCGGCAAUGACGCCCCUCAAGCGACCAUCCAUGCUCUACAACGUAUAUGCGGCAAUGAUGUCGAGCGAGCCGUCAACAUGUAUCUGGACGGCUCAUGGCAGAACCACCCUUUGAUAUCCAAUGCCCCUUCGCCCGUCUCACAUCCCAGCCGACCAAAGGUCAAGGACACACCGUCUGCUGCCACACAAAAGAUUGACCCACCCAAAGCCAAUCUUGCCGCCAUGCCGACAAAGAGAUAUAUCGGUGCUAUGGGUGUUGUUGGCUGGACCACCCGUAGUGGUACUGGCAUUAUCACGUCAGGAGAACUGGGAGGCAAGUCACGAGCCUCAACGCGUCAAGAUGUCAUUGUUCGCUUCACCAAUGCUAAGGGAGAAGAGGUUGGUCGCUUAGAGCAGGACUCUGCCGCCUGGAUAUCUACCCUCAUGGACCAGAACAUAUGCCACUUUGAAGGCCACUGCAUCUUUGCACCUGAUCGUGUCCGUACCAACGAUACUGUCUAUCUCCAGUUGCGAUGCUUCUUUCUGAAGUCGUGCUUUACUGCCGGCAGCUUCAUCAAGCCAUUGGACAAUAACAGAGAAACUGGCAUUUACGAAGCGAAAGAGACUCAGGACGAGAAGGACCUCCGGCUGCGCCAGGUCGGCCUUGUGAAGUUGUUCUCAGAGGUCAAUCUCCACCCGUCACGCGCCAACACUUCAACCGAAAAGCACAAAAGAGAAGGCAUUCUGCGCGCUGCCGAGAUGCCUGAGCAACCCGAACAGAGUACUGCCAAACCAGUCAAGUCUUCUGAUCAGGCUCCUUCGUCUCCUCCUUCGGACGAUGCUGAAGAUGGCCAAGAACUGGAGCAAGACCAGCUUGACAGCCUUUACAGGAAAGCACAGUCUUUCGAUUUCAACACACCCGUGAUGCAACCUGCCGAGACAUUUGUCAUGGAUCUCCGGAAAUACCAGAAACAAGCUUUGCACUGGAUGGUAGGAAAAGAGAGAGACCAGAAAUCUGAUCACAAAGAAGCCUCGAUGCAUCCGCUAUGGGAAGAAUACAUGUGGCCUACAAAAGAUGCAGACGACGUCCCAGUACCUCAGGUUGAGGACCAACCAAGUUUCUACGUGAACCCUUACUCCGGUGAACUGUCAUUAGACUUCCCUGUCCAGGAGCAAAACUGUCUUGGUGGUAUCCUGGCAGACGAGAUGGGUCUGGGUAAGACGAUCGAGAUGCUCAGUCUCAUACACACGCACACUUCAGAAUUUGGUUUGCAAGGCUCGAGAAUGUCAACGGUUAUGGACCUGCCACGUUCGCCUAAGAGCUCGCCUGGUGUUUCUCGCGCGCCGUGUACCACUUUGGUCGUUGCUCCUAUGUCGUUGCUAGCGCAAUGGCAGAGUGAAGCAGAAAAGGCCUCGAAGCCCGGAACACUGAAGACGUUGGUAUACUACGGCUCAGACAAGAACGUGAAUUUGAAGACCUUGUGUUGCGAAGCCAAUGCAGGAUCGGCACCUAAUGUUAUCAUUACGAGUUAUGGUACUGUGCUCUCAGAGUACAACCAGGUCGUUGCUGCUGGUGGUAACAGAGGAUCAAGCGGUGGAUUAUUCUCGAUCGAGUACUUCCGUGUUAUCCUUGAUGAAGCCCAUAUGAUCAAGAACCGUCAGUCAAAAACUGCUCGUGCUUGUUAUGAGAUUGCCGCAGAACACCGCUGGACCCUGACAGGUACACCCAUCGUCAACCGUCUUGAAGAUCUCUUCAGUCUGGUUCGCUUCCUUCGCGUUGAGCCUUGGAGCAACUUUUCUUUCUGGAAGACAUUCAUCACUGUACCUUUCGAGUCCAAGGACUAUGUCAGAGCACUUGAUGUCGUCCAGACUGUACUCGAGCCUCUUGUCCUGCGACGUACAAAGGACAUGAAGACUCCAGAUGGAGAGGCAUUGGUUCCAUUGCCGCCGAGAACUAUCGACAUUCAAAAGAUCGAGCUCUCGAAGGUGGAACGAGAUCUCUAUGAUCACAUCUUUGCUCGAGCCAAGAGGACAUUUGCCGCCAAUGUCGAAGCUGGAACACUGAUGAAAUCAUAUACCACAAUCUUUGCCCAGAUUCUACGACUCAGACAAUCCUGCUGUCAUCCAACAUUGGUGCGCAACAAAGGUAUUGCCGCAGACGAGGAUGACGCCGAAGCUGCAGCAGACAUAGCUAAUGGACUCGCUGAUGAUAUGGACUUGCAAUCAUUGAUUCAGCGCUUCGAGUCUGAGGCUGAAGAGGAGGAUGCAAGUCGCUUUGGUGCCCACGUGCUCAAGCAGAUUCAAGCAGAGUCAAACCAUGAGUGCCCCAUCUGUUUCGAGGAACCCAUGGAAGAGCAGUCUGUCACAGGCUGUUGGCACAGUGCUUGUAAGAAGUGUCUUCUCGAGCUGAUCGAAAACGCAACCAACAAGAACGAAUUGCCAUUGUGCUUCAAUUGCCGCGAGCCCAUCAACGCCCGCGACAUUUUCGAGGUUAUCAGACAUGACGAUGAAGACGACGAAGAAGCUGGUGUGGCCAAAGAUAAGUCACAGAACAGUUUCGAGGACAUUUACACAGCAACUCAACCUAGCGACUCUGUUGACUCACAACAACGUCUCGCUCGUGUAUCACUCCGCCGUGUCAAUACCCUCUCCUCAGCCAAGAUCGCUGCUCUCUUGACUCACUUGAAGCGCAUCAAGAAAGCUUCACCAGCUACAAAUAAUGUCUUCAUGAUGGAUCCUUGGUGGAGUUGGGCCGUCGAGUCACAGGCUAUUGACCGCGUGCACCGUAUGGGCCAAACCCAAGAGGUCAAGAUUGUGAGGUUUGUGGUUGAUCAGAGCAUUGAGGAGAAGAUGCUUAGGGUGCAGGACCGCAAGAAGUUCAUUGCUAGUUCUUUGGGCAUGAUGAAUGAGGAUCAGAAGAAGUUGCAGAGGAUUGAAGAUAUCAAGGAGCUGUUGAGCUAG